AUGAUGACUGCUCGAGGGUCACCAAGGUUGAGCCUCCUCAAAAAAGCUAUCGAAAGGGAUAGAGCAUCACCUCCUACAAGCAGUGUGACAAAGAGGAUGAGAGGGUCUCCCAAAGAAGAUAGAGCACAGUGGAAUGCAAGCCUUGAGAAAGAUCUUGUGGACUUGCUUCGUGAGCAUGAUACACCUGAACAUAAGGGUCAAAAUGGAUGGAGCUCAGAAGCAUGGAAUACGAUAGUGAAGAAAUUCCACCAAAAGAAUCCUUAUGCUAGGUACGAGAAGAAGAAAAUCCAAGAAAAGGAAAAAGAGUUGAAAAGAGAAUACAAGAUGAUCAAAGAGAUAAGGAAGCAAAGCGGCGUUUCAUGGGACGACCGGCAGUGCGGGAUUCUAGCGGAUCCACCACUUUGGAAAAACAUCAUCAUAUCACACCCUAAAGCUGGAAAGUUCAAGACAAAAGCCUUCCCUCUUUUUGAAGCUUUGGGAGAAUUGCAUGAUGGCCAAACUGCAAAAGGGACAUAUAACUUCACCUCUAUCGAGUCAUCACAUUGCUCAACCCAAUUAGAUCUCGAGAAUCUUGGAGGAGCUAGCAAGAAUCAAGGAGAAACAUCAGUUGAUGGUGAGAAUCUUGGAGGAGAAAGGGUGCAGAUUGAUGAAGAUGUUGAGGAGGUUUACGUGCAAGAAAACAUUGAUGUGGAGCCCGAGCAAACUCAACCAAAUUUGGCUACUGCACCCUCAAGAAAUGGAGAAGAGAAGGAACCAAAGAGAAGGAGGGGGCGAAUGGUGAUGUGGCUGCAAUGA